AUUUUCAUCGACGAAAUUCAGUUCUUCACCGUUAAUCAAAUUGAACAGCUUCGAGUAAUUUCUAUAAGUCAGAACAUUGAAGUCCAUUGCUACGGGUUGUUAAAUGACUUCAAAACAAACAUAUUUGAAGCCAGCAAGCGACUGUUAGAGCUCUGUGAUGAUUUCAAGCAGAUCAAGACUUACUGUAUGAUGUGUUAUGACAGACCACCAAGAUUGGCAUCACACAACCUUAAAAUAACUAAGUAUGGCGACAGCAUAAAGGCAGUGGUCGAGGGUGAAUCCAUUUGCGUUGGUGGGAUUGAUAUGUACCAUCCGGUUUGCUUUGAAUGCUACUCUAAGAACACAAAGACUUUCACAUGA